AGUUGUGACGGCUCGUGGGACGGUCCUAGUGCGCGUUUGUGCCGGCGAGUGUUGUGCAAAAGUGAAGGGUUUCGAAGCCGUAUGGCGAACCUGUGCUAAUCACAGCACAUUCCACGAAAUCGGAACCUGCUUUGGGUUGGCAAUUUUUAUGUUGUGGCCCUCCGAAACGCAUUUGACGUCAGACGGCCGUCCGACUAUCUUCAGCAGUGUUUGGUGUAACGAACGUACGCAAGUGUAUGUGUGUGUGUGGUGUCUGAUCGGAUGUUUCUCUUGCCUGGUAUGUUUAUUUUAUCGUUCGACUCUCCGGGAGUGCGGCGUAUAUCCUGUGCCCCAGUGCUCGUACGAUAUCAUCACGGCUGCGAAGAAGUCAUGCGCUUUGCCGACUAACGUUGAAAUGUCAGGAAAAAAAAAACAUCGUCACGUUUGCUUGCCAUUCGGGCAGAAAUCAUCCGAGGUAGUUCCCCCAGGGUCUUUUUCUUCGGUUGAAUGAAAAGUCUGUGUUAUCCUGUGUAAUUUCCAGCUUCAAGUGUGCGUCCACGUGGGUAACCUGCCCUCAGAGAAAGUGAUCCGUCAGCGUCCAUGGUUCAUGGUGCCUGAGAAAUUGCGUGCAGUAGCAAGUGGACAAGUGUUAGCAAAAAUCAUAAUAAUGUAAACUGGUGUAAAGUGUGCUCCAACUAGAGAGUGAGCGAGUGUGACCGUGAGUGAGUGAGAGUGUUUUGCACGAAGAGAGAAAUUACAUUCCCGGGUGUCCAACACAAUUAAAGAAACAUGCUACCCCCCACAGUAUCAGCAAGGAAAGUUGCAUUUGUAGAACAACUUUGACGAGUGGUGCUGUCCGUUUGCGUGUGUGUGUGGGUGCUGUGGAAAAGUGCACCUCCGAAACCCCCCGAGUCUUCAUACAGGGAAAAAAACCCGGGGAGCAAACUGGUGUCAGUGGUGUUGUGUGCGAAAAGCCUACCAACCAAGCAGUGUGUUGUUGUGGCGCGAAACCGAAGAAGUAGGCGACAAUCUUUCAGUUCAAGUGUUACCCGACGUGAGUGCAGUCCAGCCCAUUCCAGUCGCCCGUGGUUGGUGGCACAGUUUCGUACAUAACAACAACAACAAACUCCACCACCCCCUUUUGGACCGGUUUCGAGGGGUUAGCAGGAAUCGAUACAGCUUAAAGAGCUGCUGAAAAGUACGCGAGGAUCGUUUUAAAGUGCAUAUUCCCCUGCCAUAAAGAAUUUCUUUUGGGCAAGGAGGACAGUGAAAGUGAAUGUUCUUAGUACCGAAAAGUUUCCUGACGUGGUUGAAAUCAGCAACGACUACCAUCAUGUCCAACACGACCGGAUUUUUAGACGAAAUCGAGGAAAAUCUGCAGUACGUGGGUGGUACGGCUGGGGCCGUCGCGCUGACAGCAGCGGCCGCCGCUACCGCCUACUACUACGCUACCAGACCCGUACCGGAGAAACCGCUAGUGCCUCUAGAUAACCAAUGUCCAAUCGAACCGGGUCCGGAGCAAAUACACGUUUCCAAGUUCUACAAGGAGGCAAAGGAUGGCAAAUAUGUCAGCUGUCUCGAGGAAGACAUCCGAACACUGUAUCAAUCAUUUCGCAAGGGUGCCUACGUAUCGAACAAUGGACCUUGUCUCGGUUGGCGAGAGAACCUACAGUCACCAUAUCAGUGGAUGAACUUUAACGAAACGCUACUGCGCGCAAAGAACUUUGGUUCCGGACUGAUCUCGCUAGGAUUACGACCAGGGCCGAGCACGUUCAUCGGCAUCUACUCACAGAACCGUCCGGAGUGGGUCCUGUUCGAGCAGGGAUGCUACUGUUACUCGCUCGUAGUGGUACCACUGUACGACACGCUCGGUCCAGAUGCGUGUGCUUUUAUCGUCGACCAGACGGAGAUGCAGGUGGUCGUUGUGGAGGAUGACAAGAAGGUGAACCUGUUGCUGGACAAAGCUCCGAGAUCACUGCGAAAAAUCGUUGCCAUCAAGGAGGUUCGACCGGCAACGCUGCAGCGAGCGAAGAAUGUCGGCAUCGAUGUACACACGUUCGACGAGGUGGAGAAAAUGGGUGCAAUUAACGACCAUCCCGAGCUAGAGCCCAAACCGAACGAUCUUUGUACGGUUUGCUACACCUCCGGCACGACCGGCAAUCCCAAGGGUGUGAUGCUAACGCACGCCAACGUACUAGCCGGCGUGGCGGGUGUACUGCUGCAGCUCGGACCACAUCGACCACGCGUCGGAGACAUUAUGGUGUCGUUCCUACCGCUAGCGCACAUGCUGGAACGUUGCUGUGAGAACGGUGUCUACUAUAUGGGCGGUGCUGUUGGAUUCUUUUCGGGCGACAUCAAGGAACUGACGAACGACCUGAAAGCACUGAAACCGACCCUGAUGCCGGCCGUCCCACGCCUGCUGAACCGUGUGUACGACAAGGUGUUUGCCGAGGUGCAACGAUCGUCCGUCAAGAAGCUGCUGCUAAAUAUGGCGCUCAGCUCGAAGGAGGCCGAAAUUAAGCGCGGUAUCGUGAGGCGGAACAGCAUCUGGGAUAAGCUGGUGUUCCGGAAAAUACAGGAAGGUUUCGGUGGUCGGCUACGCCUGAUGGUGGUCGGUUCUGCUCCACUGUCCGAAGCAGUACUGUCCUUCUCGCGUGCCGCUCUCGGGUGUCUCAUCUGUGAGGGUUACGGUCAGACGGAAUGUACUGCACCGAUUACUCUGACAGUGCAGGGUGACUUUGUUGCGGGACACGUCGGGCCGCCGGUCGCGUGCAACGGAAUCAAGCUGGUGGACGUACCGGAGAUGGAGUACUACGCGUCGCAGCAGCAGGGAGAGAUUUGCGUCAAGGGAGCAAAUGUUUUCAUUGGGUACCUUAAAGAUCCACAGCGUACGGCGGAAACGAUCGAUAAGGAUGGUUGGCAUCAUACGGGCGACAUUGGGCAGUGGUUACCGAACGGUACGCUGAAGGUGAUCGAUCGCAAGAAGCACAUCUUCAAGCUUAGCCAGGGAGAGUACAUCGUGCCGGAAAAGAUUGAAAAUGCCUACAUUCGCAGCCAGUACGUGGAGCAGGUGUUUGUGCACGGUGAAAGCUUAAAGAGCUGCAUAGUAGCGAUCGUGGUCCCGGACGUGGAGGUCAUCAAGAGCUGGGCCCAGGAGAACAACAUUCCCGGCACGCUAAGCGUACUGUGCAACAACCCAGACGUCAAGCAGCUCAUCCUGAACGACAUGAUCCUGUGGGGCAAAGAGUUUGGACUGAAAUCUUUCGAGCAGGUCAAAGAUAUCUACCUACAUCCGGAUCCAUUCUCGGUCCAGAACGGGCUCCUAACGCCGACCUACAAAUCCCGACGGCCACAGAUCCGCAGCUACUUUGCACCCCAGCUGGACGACAUGUACAAACAUCUUGACUGAACCCGUGCACGGUGGUUCGCCAACUGAUCGUACGAUCGAUGCCCCAGUGCGGGAAAGCCGCCAGCUAGCCGUGUUUCCGUUUCCUCUCGCGAUUUGUUACGUGUGAUUUGGGAGGCAAAAUCGAACCGAAAACCCAGGGUGCGCAUCGCACCGUUUCCUCGUUGUUCCUUUCCACUCCCAGCCCGCGCCCUCUAGCGAUGGGUCUGCUAGUAGUAUUCAGGGGUUUGUUUUUUACUCACACUCUCGUUCGUCGUAGUAGAGGAUGGAAACGAAAAGCAAAAAGUGCAAACGGGAAAUUGUGGAAGCGCGUGCGCUGCGAACAGUCUGUAGGCGAGAGCGAUUAAUUAAAUAGUAAUUGAUAAACAACCAAACAAAAUACAAAUACGAAAAUCCUCCCCCACUAAGCCCGGUACUAAUCUUAUUCAUUUCUGUUUGUAUAUUUGCCGCUAUUUAUUGCAAUUCGUCGAUAACAUGUAUAAAACCGAAUAGUCAGAACUGGCUCAGUAAGUUUCGCUAAUGAAGAGGUGUUGCGGUUGCCGGCUGUAUAAUAAGCAAGCAAGUCGUUUUUCGCUGCACCGCGCAUUCUUCUGAAGCAGCUUAUCCUAUAUCCUCGUUGCAUUCAAUCAUCAUCCAUUACUGAAAAACCACAACACCUUGAUCGUGAUCGCUAAACGCUUACAUUAGAACAGAACAAAAAUCUAAAGGACAGGCGUUAACAUAGGGGCAAAGAUAUUUAUUGUUGAUAAUCUGAUGCAAUUCCGUCAAUUCUUCUGUGUGUGUGUGUGUGUGCGAGGGUUGAGAAACACACAGGAAGGACCGCCGGGUCGGCGGCAGCGAACCAACUUCUUAAGUUAGUAGUGCUAGGCUAACGCGAGUGCAUCCGUUUGUGUUUUGUUAAAUUCCAUUCUAGAACCUUAUGGCUAACACUUAUCGACCACCUCCACGCGCACCCCAUUUAUCGGAUAAGGCAGUUGUGUGUGUAUGAGUGAGUGUGUGUGUGGUAGGUACUGAAGAAACGGAAAGAAAAACCAAUGAUGUUAUUGUGGGCACAGCAAGCCCAUCAUCCCAGUUUGAUGAAACUCUAGUCACGGUUUAGCUCCUUGUUUAACGAUUCGCUUAAGGACUUGUUUUUCGUGAUCUACUUUCGUAGGUGAUUUUUCUUUACUUUCGUUACUGAAAAAAAAAAAACAUUUACACAUUUAAAAGUAAACGAACAAAAUCAGCUUGGGUCAGGUGACAAUAUGUAUGUAUCGAACGUAUACAGAUUAGAAUACGAUUGUUCUUAGUUGUACUUAGUUUUGUUUUCUUUUCUGAAUUCGGAAAACUAUCUUAUGUAGCAUUACUUUUGAAGGUGUGUGUGUGUGAGUGGGAUUAAAAUAAGUAGCGAGUCAGGGAUGGGUAGAGCAAUUAGGGGGGAAAACCACAUACACACAUGGAAGCGGCAAUUGAAAUGGUACAGAAAUAGGAAAAAAAGCACGAUAAGGCAUGAAUUUUACCAUUUAAAAACACAACAAACACACACACACACAAUAGGAAACACAGCUAGGUAAGAGAAAGAAAAGGAAAAGGUUAAAUUGGAAAAUAGGAUCGGGAGCUCUUAAUAACACUACAUAAACAAAUUAAACGAUGUUAAAUGUUUCCCUUCCGAACAGUAACUGUUUGAAAGUAGGAACAAAGUGAGAGUGCGAAGAGAAGCGGCGUUAAACGGUAUGAAAUGAGGGAAGAAAGAAAGCAAAUUGAAGAAGGAAAGCAAACUAGCAAACGAAUAAUAGUAUCAUGUUGCAUUCGCGUUGGAUUCUUCGUAGAAGGUGUGAACAAAAAAUAAGAGAACAGAAUUUAGUAAGAGCAUGUUAGUAAUUGAUACGCUAGAGUGGGUGAAAUGUGGCAGGCUGGAAGGAGAUUGAUAAUGGUUUAGGAACAAACACUCACUCACACACACAAGUAGUAGUUGAACUAAUCAAAUGUAAAAGUGAGCAAACGGGCCAGGGGAAAAUAAGGAAACACAAAACACAAAUUAAAGUGGAAAAUUUAAACACACACAAAAUCAUAAGACGUAUGGUGGCAACCGAGCAAGCAAGCAAGCAAAGUAAAGCAAGUGAAACCCCCUUUACACACUAUUAAGAGAACGCAAAGCAAAGUAACUACACAAAAGGAAACUUUUUACUACUGGGCGCCUAUAACUUAGAUCAAAACUACAAUAAAAACUUAUUUAGUUAGUUGAAA